AUGAGCGGCACACACAAGUUUUACACUCUUCCCGAGCCUUCCGCUCGCAAGGGCUUCUCAUCCCUGAAGCUCAAGGAAGGUCCCGUCCCCAGGCCAGAAGCCAACGAGGUGCUCAUCAAGGUUCACGCCGUCUCGCUCAACUUCCGUGACCUGAUCAUCGCUCAGAAUGGCUAUCCGCUUCACCUCAAGCAGGAGGAACUCAUCCCGGCCUCGGACGGCGCUGGUGAAAUCGUCUCUGUGGGCAACAAGGUGACCAAGUGGAAGCAAGGCGACCGUGUCGCAGGCAUCUUCACGCAGGCUCACCAGAAAGGCUCGACGCCCGACAAGGACGAGAUCAAGACUGCGCUCGGUGGCAGCGUUGACGGCAUGCUCGCUCAGUACGUUGCUCUGCCCGACACCGGCAUUGUUCGCAUCCCUUCGCACCUCUCGUUUGAAGAGGCGGCCACGCUCCCUUGCGCUGCUCUGACGGCUUACAAUGCGCUCUAUGGCAUCCCCACCGAGCAGCUGCGUGCGGGUGACACCAUUGUCGCCCAGGGCACCGGUGGUGUCAGUGUGUUCGCGCUGCAGCUCGCCUCCGCCGCUGGCGCCAAGACCAUCAUCACCUCCUCGUCCGACGACAAACUCAAGAAGGCUCUCUCCCUCAUCCCUCAGCACCUGCAGCACCUUGUCACGACGGUCAACUACAAGACCAACCCGGACUGGGACAAGGUGGCGCUCGAGGUGACCAACGGCGCCGGUGUCGACCACGUCGUCGAGGUUGGUGGACCCGGUACGCUGGAGAAGUCGUUCAACUCGAUCAAGCGCGGAGGCGUCAUCUCGACCAUUGGAUUUGUGGCUCAGGGCGAGCCCCCCAAUGUGGCUUACCACGCGCUGCUGACGGGCGCUUACUUCAAGGGUAUCCUCGUCGGCUCGAGGGAGCAGUUUGAGCACAUGAACCAGAUCAUCGAGGACCACCAGAUUAAGCCGCUGGUGGACAAGGUUUUCCCCUUCGAGAAAGCCGAGGAGGCGUACGCGUACCAGUGGAGUCAGGCCCACGUUGGAAAGGUGGUCAUCAACGUCUCGCACUAA